AUGUUUUAAGAUAAAUAUGGAAAAACUGUUAGUGAGUUCAAUCAGAAGUACAAUAUUGUAGCAAAUCCUUCUCAACUAAGAUUUGAGGAGGGAUUGCUAAAUUACAAGUACAAUUCACUUUUGGGAUAAUUCUAAGAUAGCCUUUUGCAGGAUAUUCGAGGAGCAAUAGUGACAGCAUAGAGAGGUUACUUGUCAAGGAAAGUGUUGAAACAUUACUUCAAGGAGCUGCCAAAAUAAUUACGAGCAGAAUACUUUGGCUCAUUGUUAACAUUGUAUAAAGAAUCGCUUCGACAGCAAUAAUAGAAUCAGUUCUAUUUCUCUGGCAUGGGCAGUGGGAUGAAAGUGGAGAAGGUUACUUGGCCAUUCGUUGAGGGUUUCGGGUUUUGCAUUUGGAUUCAAGUGGAGAAUAUAAAUUAUGAAUUGUUUAAUGAGUAGAAUAUGGGUGUGCAGAAAAUAAUAAGCGUUCAUGGACAAGGGUAACAAGGCGGUGGAGGAUUGGAAUGCUUCAUUUUGAGAGGCAGUGUCUAUUAUAGGAUAAUACCUGCAAUAUAUUAGGAACCAGACAACGGGGCAAUUUUGAUAGGUCAAUUGAAGAAUGGGAUGAAUUUCAUAGGUAUCUCCCAUGAAUGCCAAAAGAAAUUCACUUCUUCACAUUUAACAUUGUACUUCAACAAUGAACAAUCCAAGACAAUGACAUUAGACUUCCCUCGUUUGAACCAAACCAUAGCUUUGACAAGAUUUACGAUAUGCGAGAAUCUCUUUGGUACAGCCUAAUGCAUUAUCAUAAUGAAUUAAUCCUCCACAAAAAUCAAGACCAUCCAAUCGGUGUAUGGACAACUACAAAUGGAUUUUAAGUAAUUGAAAACAUUGCCAGCUUGUUUGGAUAAGUACUUUGAGAGAAUCAUGUCUAUUUAUAUUCCAGAAUUUACAGAUGGCAAUCAUGUGAUUGAUGUAAUGGGGAAUUGCAAUGCUACUUUAUUAACUAAGUCUGGUGCCGUAAUGGCAGACAAGAAUAAGUUUCACUUUUCUGGAGGAUUCAGAUUGUUCUACGUUAUGUUACAUUUAAGUGGAACACUCUACAAACAGAUCAAUCAAGCAUAACUUAAUUUGUCUACUAUGUUUGAAGUCAUUAACCAUAUUCUCAAAAAUAAUAAUUAAUUACAAGCAGAGGCAUUCAAUAGUCAAUUCUUCCUGACUCUUGCUUCAAUCAUUAUGAGUUUCGAAAAACCUUUGAUUAACACCAAAUGCGUUGAAUUGUUGAGUGAGAUCAAAUCUAUUAUUGGAGACAAUAGAUUAUUGGAUCACUUUUUUAUUCACAUCUUAUGGAAUCCAAAGCUGCAUCAAUAAUGUAUAAGUGAUCAAGUGUUCUCUAAAUACUUGUAAUUGGCUUGUUAGGUUUAUUUACAAAAUCCAUAGCAUUAUCAACAUUUCAUAUCCUCCAAAGACAUUUUAGAUAUGUUAAUAUUUGCAUAUGCUGAAAAUCAAUGUUGUGAUUUACAUUUUAAUGACUUCGAGGAGUCCUUUCAAGUGCAAUUCUUAGAAAAGAUCUUUUAUUUAUUCAAUCAGUAAUCUGACAUUUCUGAACAUCUAGUUCUUUUUGAUUAAUAUCUGAUGUCUAAAAUAUCUCCUUGUCUCCUAUUGUAAAUUCUAACCAUUUUAAAAAGUUUAUUAGUUGACAAUGAAGAUUAGGGAAUCAAAACCAAUUUCAUUCUCCAAACAUGGGAUCAGAAUAACAUCGUAGAUUCAUUGCUUUUCAUAUUCAAAUCAACACCAUACUAUGAUAUCAGAGCAAUGAUCAUCUACUUCCUUCAUCUCAUCUUCCAAUAGCAAUUCCCAAACCAAAAACUCCAAACACAUUAAGCCAUUGAAUAUAUUACCAAUGCUAUCGAACCCCUGAUUGAGUUAAGUCGUAGUUCCAUAAUCUAACCUAUGAAAAAAGAAUAACCAUAGUAACAAUAGUAGGGUGAUUUUGAUGAACUCAAAAAUCUGGGAACUCAAUUCCUGAACAAUGAUUAUGAAAGUGUUCCUUAGGCUCCAUCUAUGACCAAUCGUCGUAAACCUCCUUAAGGAUUCUUUGAUAAUAAACAAAGACCACCUCCUCGCGCUCAAUCCAUACCUGCUCCUGAGACUGAAAAGUCCAAGCCUCCUUCAUUUUCUGUUGAUUAGAAGGGAAAAAAGAAAUUUCACAUUAAAAUUGACACUGAUGCUAUUAAUGCACUUUAUAAUUUUGGAGGUGAACAAGGGAAAAAGAAUGGAUUUGAUCAUGAAGCAUUUAAUAAGGAAAUGGCAGAAAUAAAUAGAUUAGCCAAGGCAUGCCAUAUGUACAUGUAAGGACAUAGAGAACCUGAAGAACCAUAUGUGGAAUCUCCUAAAUUAUAACAGAAUGUAGAAUCUCCAAAAUAAUAAUAAUAACAAACCGUUGCUAGACAACCACCAAUGUCAACAAAAAAUAGUUAAGCACCAAAAUAGUAAUUUUAAUAAGAAUUAACUCAAAUAAAGGAGGUUUCGUCAUCUUCCAUGUCCAUUUAGUAAGUUGAAUAAGUUCAAAAAAAGAAAAUGCAAUCAUUUGCUUCUGUUUACAAUUAACUUAUGAGUUGGAUGAUUGAUAAGAUCAAGAUUGGAGAGAAUGAAUCCUUGCUGAUAGAGGAGAAAGAUUAAAUCAAGAAUGAAGGCAUCAUAAAUGCUAUAAUGAAAAUUGUUGCUUUUUCAAUUGAGGACAAUCUAAAAGCUUAAAUUUUAUAAGAUUUACUUUGUCUUUGUAAGUCACAUCAAGGCAACUCCAUCCUUAUUUUAGGAUAGGCAGCAUUUCAAAAUGAACUUCUUAAAUUAUUAUCAGCACAAGAGGAUCAAAAUUUAAUCUAUGAAAUUGGCAGUCGGUUACACACCACACUCAUUCUAUAAGUGUUGAAAUCUGAAUUCAUUGGUGCUAAUUAUGUCUAUGAAUUAUUAAAAUGGGGUGUCGAAUUCAAUCAGAAAUUAGUGGAAAUGCAAAUGAAUGUAAUCAUUGACCAACUACAUGAUCAAUCCAAGACAUGUUAGACUGAUUCUUAACUGUGGAAGAACAUUGCUCAAACAGCAUUGUAUUUGAUAGAACUGAAGCAAUAUUACCCUUAAUUGAUAAACAAGUUUAAUAAAUUUUAUGACUUAAUUCAUAAGGAUUACUUGAUUAAUGGCAAUUCAGAAGAAUAAAUCGACCAAAUAUAAAAAUGCUACAAUCAUUCAGAAUUGGCUUAAAAAGUCUAAUCGUUCUUUAAUACUAAGAUACAAAACCAUCAAAUUUAUGAAAUCUUACUGGAAAGCACAGAUUAAGCCAACUUAUUCCAAUUACUUAAAACAUAUGCAAUCACUUUGGAGAUUUCUCAAUUUGAAAUCACUACUGGAUUAGCACUUAUGCUAUCUAAGGUUAGGAAUCACGAGAGUUUCAAAGAAGUUAUUAGAUUUAUGUGUUACAUUGUGUUUGUAUCAAAGGAGAGAAAUCAGCCAUCUAAAUUAAGGAAAUUCAUCACAGAUAUCAAUUAAGAGUGUGACUUAGUCAUAGACAGUGUUUUUGCUACAUCCUUCCAAGAUGAUUCAGUAUUGGAUUAAUUGAUAGAGUUGAUCAGCCGCGGUAAUACUUUGAAAAAGGAGAUUCAAAUUAAGGUGAACAUUCCUUAACAAUGGUCUAUGGAAUCGAUUGUUUCACCAUAGAAGGUUUCUAGAGAUGUGUAACAAUUGGGGGAAAACAGAUAUAUAGAAAUAGAAGAGAGGAAGACAUAGUGGAUUUAUAAGGAGAGUGAGAAGGAACGAAUUGGGAGAAAUAAAUAUCAUAAAUCUUUGAAUUCUCUGUUCCUGAACGAUGGGUGGCUAUCUUAAGGUUAAGGGUGCAUUUAAAGAAAUGAUUUGGUUUAGGACAUAACAUAAGAAGAGUUUGUUUAAUGCAAGUACUUUAAAAUUAAAAUAUCAAAAAUGCUCACUAAAUCUUUUGCUAGACCUUAUAUAAAAAGCAUCCCUAUAAUUCCAGAUGUGUUAAGAAAUAAACCAGCCUAUCAGACUCCUUAGACUGCUCCAAUUAUUUUGGGUCAUGAAAUCGAUAAAUUCGAAUAGCUUUAUGGAUAGAGACAGUCGACGAAUUCUUAGGCUGUUUAAGCGGCUACUCAAUUAUUGAAUAUGGGCAAGGCAUUCGGUAAUAAUAUAAAGAAUGCAGUAAAAACUAUAGCAAAUUAGAAGAUUCAGGCAUUAGAUAAUUUUAAAUCUUUUGGAGAGAAUACAUUUAAAGGCAAGAAAGUUCUUGUUAUAAAUGGAUUGUAUGUUUAUUUUGCGUUGAUGAGUUUAACAAAUACUCACAUUUUAUUGUAAUAUGAAUAUUUGAAAAGUGAAGGAUCACAUGCAGCUUUAGGAGUGUUUGAAUUGAAGGAAGAUUAGCGAUUGAUUAAAAAGUACCCCAUUUAUAAUUUGACUUUGGUGAUUAAGAAGAAAUAUUUAUAGAAGAGGACUGCUUUGGAGUUAUUUUUCAUUGACGGGAAAUCUUUAUUUAUUAACAUAUGCGAUCAAAACGAUCUGGAUGAGAUAUCAUCUAAGCUAUUGAAUUACCGUAAAAGUCACUAGGCUCCACAUUUCAAUUAGAGUAAGACUACAGAUCCAGGGAAAUUAUUGGAGAAGUAGGGGUACUUGUAGAAAUGGAAUAAAUAAUAAAUGAGUAAUUUCAAGUAUUUGUUGUUGUUGAAUAAUUUGGCAUCAAGAAGCUAUAAUGAUUUGACUCAAUAUCCUGUAUUUCCAUGGGUGAUUUGUGAGCCAAAGGACUAAUAAAUAGAAUAGGAACCGAGUGUCAGAAUAUAUCCUGAGGGGCAGUUCAGAGCGAUGCAGAAGACUAUGGGUGCAUUAGGGAAUAAUUCAAGAAUCAAGAGUUACAUUGAGAGAUUUGAACAGUCAGAGUAAGGAGGAGAGAUCCCAGCUUUUCAUUAUGGAUCUCAUUAUUCAUCGUUGGCUAUUACUUCUUAAUUCCUUAUAAGAUUGGAACCAUUCACAUCGAUAGCAAAGGAGAUCUAAGGGAAUAAGUUUGAUAUUCCUGAUCGUCUCUUUUAUUCUCUGGUGGAGAGUUUCCGUUGUGCAACAGAGGACAUUGCAGAUGUAAGAGAGUUGAUUCCAGAAAUGUUUUGUUUGCCUGAGAUGUUUCUUAAUUUGUAGAACUUGCAAUUUGGUAAAACACAGAAUGGAAUCAUUGUUAACAAUGUUUAAUUGCCUAAAUGGUCUCAUAAUAAUCCAUGGAGAUUUGUGGCAGGUUAAAGGAAUGCACUAGAAAGUGAGGAAAUAUAAAGAAAUUUACCAGAAUGGAUUGAUUUGAUAUUUGGAUUUAAGUAGAGAGGAAAAGAGGCAGAGAAGAAUUUAAAUAUUUACUUUUAUGUGACAUACGAUUAAUAAUUGACAUUGUAAAUGAUGGAAGAAAAUAGACUUAGUAUUGAAGCUUAAGUUGUGAACUUUGGAAUUACUCCAUUAUAGUUAUUCUUGAAACCUCAUAUUGGUAGAUAGAUCAAUAAUGAACAUCAUUUUGUUUCAAAUUCCUAAGAAUUAAAAGUCUAUAGGCCAUAAAAUAAAAAGAAGGUACCCAAUACCAUGAAGCCAAUUAUUGAUUUAUAAUAAGCAAGCAAUAGAGCAAUCGUUAAGAUAAAAUGGAUUUCAGAUGUGAGAUUGAUAUGUAUAAGAAAGGAAGGUAAGAUUGAUUUUCUUAAAUGGACAAGUCAAACUGAUGUUCAAGCCAAUCAACCACCCUUCCAAUGUGGUUUAGAAAGAGAAAAACAAUUCAACUUUGAAAAACCUCAGACUGAACUUUUCAAUAUUUGGGAUGUGUCUGCUCAAUUGUCUUCAUAUCCUAUGUUGGUGUUUAAUUAGGGCAAACUCUUUAUUUGUGGAGGGUAUCACCUAGGUAAAUUGAUUAUCAUUGGUGAUAACAACCAAAUUGUUGAUAUCUAUCAGAUACAUACUGCCACUAUCACAACGUUGGCCUCAGAUAAAAAGGAAUCUGUGAUCAUAUCUGGAGAUAAGAGUGGACAUGUCAUCUUAUGGAAUGUUGAUAAGCAGAAGGAUAUCUAUAAACUGCAUGCCAAAUGCAUGUAUUUUGAUCAUCAGAAUCAAAUCAAUUGCAUUCAUGUUUCUACCAAUAUGAAACUAUUUGCAACUGGAUGCACAGGUGGUUAUGUUUAUCUGUAUAAUCUAUACAAUGGGUAAUUGAUGAGAUCAUUCAUACAUCCCAAUAAGAAUCCAAUCAAUGCGAUUGUCAUGAGCAAUAGACCGCUGUUCUGCAUCGUUUUCUAUUCAGCAUUUGAUCAUCAAAUUUAUAGUUAUUCCAUCAAUGGAUUCUUAUUGGAAGUUCAAUAGGAGCAGAGUUCAUCCUUGAUUGAUUGUCAAAUUAUGAGGAAUAAUCUCUUUUAAGACAUUAUGGUAUAUGGCACUGAAAAUGGCGAAUUGGUUAGAAGAUAAUUGCCUUAUUUAUAAUAAUUAAAAAGAUUUCAAAUAUCAGCCAAAUCCCCUGUAUUAUCAAUUUCUUGCUCAAAGGAUAAGAAGUUUUUCAUUUGUGGAUGCAACGACGGCGAAAUUUCAGUAAUGGCAGAACCUCAAUAAAAUAAAUGA